UUCCGGGUGGAGGAUGGCAGAUGCAGCAAAAUAUCAGAAAUUAGCCAGCGAAUACGCUAAGUUGAAGGCACAGUUUCCUGUUUUAAAGAAGGCAUAUAUAGACGAACAAACAGCAUGUAGUGAAGUAAAGGAUCAACUUAAGGAAAAAGAGCAAGCUGUCAGGAAAUUCGAACAGGAGAUUGACAGUUUAACCUUUAGAAAUCAGCAGUUAUCAAAACGUGUAUUACUACUACAAGAUGAAUUGGAUGAUGCACAGUCACAUAAGAAAAAGGGAAAGAACAAACAUUCAGAUACAAGCUACAACCCAUCCCCAAUAUCAGCAGGAGUAUUCAAUGAAGAACUUCAAAGGAAAAUUGAAGAAAAUGCUAUGCUUAGUAAACAGGUAGAUGAUAGUACUCGCAUGUAUCAAGGAAGGAUAGAAGAACUUGAGGCAAAAGUUAAAGAAUAUGAAACAAAAUUUAAUCAACAUCAAGAAGUCAAUGAUGUAAAUGUACAGAAGAAUAAAGUAUUGAUAGACAGACUGCAGGAGGAAAAAGCCAUGAUUGAGGUUAAACUACAGACAAUAGAAACAGAUUUGAAAAAGUACAGAUCACGAUCAGAAAAAGCAGAAGAAAGUUUGUCAGACGUUCAGUGUCAGCUACAGAAACAGCUAGAUAAUGCCAACAAAAUCAUAUCAGAUAAACUUCCUUUUAUAGAUACAAAAAACAGAGAACUAAAUGGUUUGAAUUUACCCACCCAUGAUAGAAAGCACCAGCUACGAGCCAGAGAAUUAGUCAGUCAGACAGCUAACCAUUUGACAGAUAUGGUCCAAGCAUUGUCUAACUUCUUUACAUACUCGGAACAGAGAUCUAAAAUUUACCCAGCAGAAUGUAUUAGUGAACCAAUGAGUCCCGUUAAUAUUCAGUAUUGUAAAUAUCUCCAUGAAAAUGUGCAAUAUUUACGACCAUUAGAACAGUCUUUCAAAGUUUUCCUCAGUACUCUGAAUGAAGACACAUUAACAACAUUGGAGACAGCAACAGACCUGCAGAUAUUCUCCAGAAAAUUUAACACUUGUAUAGAAUAUUUUAAUAAAUUAUUACCGUAUCAGUUAUUAAGUAUUGAAGAAGAAUGUGCUGUGUCAUCUUGUACAUCAACAUUAGAAACCAAAAAUAGGGACCUUCAUAAAUCAUUUAAAGAUCUAAAUCAAGUCUUCAAUAAACUACAGUCUUAUAUCAGUCUUCUAGCCUCACAAAGUUCUAAAACAUGUCAGCAUCCAAAAAUAAAUCAUCCCAGAUUCUUCACAUUACUUUGUCAAGUUUUAAAAGAUUUAGACCAUGCUGUGAGAGAUGUAUCCAAGCAUUAUAAUUCUAAAGUAUCUCUAGAACAUCAACUACCUACUGCCUCACAGAAACUCAAAACUACAGAUGAAUGUGUUGUGUCUUCAUUGAUAUCUCUAGUCACAUGUACAAGUAAACUAUCAUCGUUCCUGUCAGGAAAUAUUGAUUUCUUCAGUCAGACAGGUGGCUACAGGACACGAGGUAGUAGUAUUGGUAAUGACCCUACAAUGGAAGGACCCAGGUCUAAUCCAGCCACUGUACAGUUUAGACAAAAAGCUGCCAACUAUUUAGCCUUAUUAACAAUACCAUGUCCAGAAUCAGUUCCACAUAAAACUGCAGUUCAGAACAGAAAAACCCUUCUCAGUUCAGCAGAAAGUAAAGAGGGACUCUCUAAACAGUUAACAACUUUCCAGCAGAGAGUGGGUCGACUUGAACAAGACAAAGAACACUACAUGUUAGAACUACAACUUUUACAAAUAAAAUAUGACAAUGAAAUUCAGAAAGUGAAAAAAAUAGAAAAAGAAUUGCAAGAAACAAAGCGCAGAUCACAAAGAACUGAUUCUAUUGAAGAUAACAUUACAAUAGUAAUGCCAAGUGCCUCAACCAGUGAAACUCAAUCCAAGCCUUCAGUGCUAACCAGCCAAAUUGGUAAACUAGAAGCUAUAUCCUCACCUGGAACAGAUGCAGAGACUAGGGAAAGUCUGAUUAAAAACCAUUUUACCAAUCGUAUAAAUGAAUUGACAUUGCAGCUUCAGGAUGCAGAUAGCAAAUCUGUUAGCUUUCACUCGGAGGUAAGAGCCUUACACAAACAGUUACAGAUAGCAGAUAAAACUAAGUAUAGAGCUGAGGAUGAACUUAAAGAUACAGCACAAAGUCUGGCUCAACUUAAAGAUGAAUAUCAGACAACUACCAAGAGUUAUGAAGGACAAUUAAGUAUGAUGAGUGAACAUUUAGCAGGACUUAAUGAAAAAUUAACACAACAAAAAGAUGAAAUUGAUGAACUAAGAACACAAGUGUCUUCCAAGAGUGGUAAAAAGUCCAGAAGAUAACAGUAACAAAAACCGUUAACUUUUAAUGUUUCUAGCUGAUUUUGUUUUGAAACUGGUGAUAAAAAACAGAAACUCCAUUGUUCUGCCUCAAUUGUUGUGACUAGAGUGAUGAAAUGCUCACUGUUUACUUAAGUACAGCAGUUAUUGAUGUUUACAGUUUUAUAAUGCUGAGCAAUUUAUGGCAUACAAGAAGCAAUAUUUUAUGUAUAAUAAACAAAAACUGUUGAAAAACAAUCAAAUUGUAACCAGUGAACAACUAUACAUUGGCAACUUUGAUGCAGUGACUUUACAACUUUUUCAAAUUGUAAGCUUAGAACUUUUCAUCCAAAUAGAAUACUGUGGAUUCAUGAUUUUUAUGUGGAACCAAUUAUCCUUGAUUGAGGAAAAAUUGUAAAUUUAUAUGCCACACAUCUGAUAUAUUCCUUUCUUGUCAUUUCAUCUUUUCUAUACUUGUUGCACUUGCCAACAACGUAGUCCCAUCUUUUCUUUCUCAUGUCAAAACGAAGUUCUCGAACAAUAUGACCAAAAUUAUCUUAAACAUAAGGGAACACUGUUUAUAUCCAUAUAUUACCAUGCAAUAUACAUUCUAGGUUUACUACAUGUACAUGUAGUUUCCUUGAUACUUGAUAUCGUGGUUUUGAUGAAUUCUCCACACAAGUCUGUAGGAAAUUUCCAUUUGUUAAGCACUUAAAAUUGUAGUUCAAUUAUAUCAGUGAAAUCCACAAAUAACACUGAAUCCACUGUAUAUAAAAAUAAAAUUGAGAAUGGAAAUGGGGAAUAUGAAUACUUAUUUCAUGUUUGCAAGAAUAUCCCCUUUAUAGGGUACUAGUACAUGUACUGUAAAUUCAGAAAUUUUUAGCAUUGGGAUUGUUGGACAAUUAUUGCAAUCUCAGGAAAUGCAGCAUACACAUAAUACUGUCACUACUUAAAAUGCGAAUUUUUAUUUUUUGCGACAGCUGGCUCGUUAUAAUUUUUGCCAAAAAAUUGAAUUUACAGUAUUUUCUCUAUAGAAGUAAUGGAGGAAAUCAACAAGUUCUCCUGACAAGUAUACAUACCUACAUAAACAUAUUUUAAGUUAUGAUGUUUCCAUGUUUACAUUGUAUGAAGGAGUUUACUUCUGAGAGAAUCGUAACAAAAAUUUACUGUAAAUAUCAUAUAACUUAUAUAUACAUAAUCUCCACAAAACUUGAUAUUUAUCCUGCAUAACUGCACAAACAUAUAUGAUAUAAUAAAAGGAUAAUUAGUCUUUAUACAAAUUUUAUGAUUUAAAAUGAAAUUCGUAUAUUAUUUUCCAUAAAAACCCUAGUAUUAUAACAUGAAUUCAGUCAAUUGUAAGAAAAAUCAUAAAUUAAUUUUCACGAUCCACAUUUUUGGUUGCUGUGUAAUCUUUCUCUUAAUUCAUAACAUCACUCAGACUUGCUUGUACAAUGCUCAAUCCCUUCUGCAUUCAUGUUGCCCUCAACAAAGUUUCAAAAUUUUAAUUUUAUUCAUUAUAUGUUGAUCAAAAUGAAAAUAUCUUUUCCAGAACUUGGAUUUGAACACCUUUGUAUUUUGUCUAGAUCACAAGAAUGGUUACCUUACUUGUAUAAUUUUUUGUAAUAUUUUCUGUGUCAGAAAAGAAAAAUAUGUAUUUUUAUCGCUAUUUUACGAAAUUUUCCUUUGAUCUUGCUGACUGAUAAUUUCCUUUCUCAGUGGAGUCGAGUGAUAUGAAAAUUAUCACUAGAAAUUAAGAGGGCACGUGGCGUUGCUAAUGAAAUUGACAUGAAAUUGACAACGUCGUCAUAGGUAAAAAUUGAGAUAAACAGAUUAUCAUUGGUCAUCUCAACUCAAUUUCUUUUCUCACUUUCGCCGUACCGGCUCAAGCGAGAAAAUCAAUCUCGUUGAGAUGAUCAACGAUAAUCUAUAAUUAUCAUUAACAUUUGCUUUUCACCAUCAUUAAUUUAACUAUCCUUUUAAGUUAAAAUAUCAUUCUAUAUAAUAGGUUUUUAGGUAUUAUGUUUUCAAGUUUGUGCUGACCAUUAUGUGAAGCUUUAUUGCUUUGAUUAUAAUCACACCCUAUACCAAAAUUAAGAAGGGGAGAUAAUUCCUAGAUUUAAAAAUAACAUUAUACAAAUUUCCUUCAUUAAAACAGGUGUCCAUGAAAAUAGAUUUAUAAUAACAUAUCAAGUAAAUGGCAUUAAGAAUUUAAGGAUGUAGUCAUGUCAGGUUUAGGAACUUUUGUCAGAUGUUUUGACUCCAUGGAUUUUUUCCUACGAUACAGGGUAACAUAUUUUGCCCCAUAUCGCCCAUUUUUCUUUUCAUAUAAGACUUCAAUAGCUCAUUUAAGGUCAUUUACCAAAAUUUAAGCAGAUUCUAGAUUUCUUUUCUUACGAUUUGCGACCCAAAUAAUGCAAAUGCUAAAUAAAAGGUAAAAGUCUGAGUCAGCUUUUUCCCGCCAUUUUUUUAAAUUAAAUAUCUCGAAAAGGAGUUCCAUAACCUAUCAAUAUUUUUAGCUUAUUUUGUUCUUUAACUAAUGCUCUUCUGAUUUAUAGUAUCAAUUUUAAAUUCCAGAUUUUUAUAAUUUCACUAGACUACAUCCUUAAUAUAUAAAAAAAAAUAUGCAUUUAAACAAUUUAGAGAAAGUGAAUGAAAUGAUGCAAUUGUUGUCAUUCAAUUUAUAAAGUUUUUGUUUUUGUAGUUUGUUUUUUUCCUAUUAGCUAUCAGUCACUCUUUGAAUUAUUGGAACUUUUAACCUGUGAGUUGUCUAGUGAAAAGAAUGCAUGGUUUUGUGUUGCUUGAAAAGCAUUGUACUCAUUUCUGUCUAAACUUUUUGUAUAAGGGUACCUUUAAAAAAUCCAUAGAGCCAGCAUCACUAUAAAUGUUAUACACCUUUUUUGGCAUGAUUUGGUGCUUUUAACACUUCCUGUAUGCUAAUUGAUUGGAUGUUUUAGGUUUAAGGUAAACCGAAUUACUAUUAUUUUUUUCUGCAAUAGUGUGAGAACAGAUUUUGUGAGGGAAUUUGUUGUUUACUUUGCCACAAGGCACUUUAUAAUAAUACCUCAGAAUUAAUAGGAAUGAGAGUUUUUGAAGUAUUUUAAGAAAUGAUUUUGCUAUGUAUCUGUGAAUUAUUUGUAUAUGUUACUAAGUUAUGUGUGGUAGGGAUGAGCUGUUGGAAUAAGUCACUAUUUCAAGCUUCAUGAUAUAUGAUAAGGUCAUGAAAUUAAGAUGAAAUGUAUGACAAGGUUGCUGAUUAAAUCAUUUACAAUUUAUCAAGUCACUGCAAGCACUUGACAAUCUGAAGGUCUCCAUAAAAAAAAUCCAGAUAUAAUUUUUUUCACACUUGCCCUGAAACACUGAAAAAAUACGUACAUAAAGCGCACCUGAGUAUAACACGCAGGGACAAUGACAGAGAAAAAAACCUGUGGCUUAUUUAACAAAUUUAACGGUAUCUGAAAAUAAUAAGUUGUAGAUUUUUUCACAGAUGUAAUUAAUACCACUGUCAUAAAUGCAUUACAAAUUUGUCAAACCUAUUUAUAUCUCCAUGAAAUAUUGUAAUCAUGAUAGCUAUAGAUACAUUUUUUGUAAAAAAAUAUAUGAAAGGGUAUGUAUUUUUGAUAUUUAAAGUAUAUGAAACAGGUGGGGGUACAGAAUGCCUCUGACAGCUGUUCACCCCUACCACAAAAUUUUACAGUAACUUUACAGAUCAUGCAUAUUCAUUCUUUGAAUAAUUUAUUAUAUUGAAGUGAAACAUUGAAAUAUAUUUUAGGGACAUCUAUGCAAGGUAAACCUCAUUGUGUCUUAACAGAAAAAUUGCAUUUCUCAGUACAAUGUACUAUUAUUCAUAUUUCUUAUAUAAAAAAAUCAGAAUAUCACUGAUCUGUCAUUAUUUGAACAUGAAAAGAGUUUUUUAUCAUUUCAAGGCUGGAUUUGUCUACCUCACAAAAAUCUUGUCAAGUAGAUGUACUCAAAAUAUAGGUCAAGAAGGCACAUAAAUUUUUUUUCUACAUUUUGGAGUAAUUGAUUGCCAGCCAAAAAUAUGAAAUAAGUGGCAGUUAAAUAUUUUUAUCAAUUGUUUUUUAAAGAGCUUGUAUAAAGUCUUGCAUAGAAUCAACUGUUAAAGGACUUUCAGAUUUGAUAGCUUUCAUACUCUCUGAGCAUGACACUGAUAAAAACAAGGUUAUUUCUCCCUAUUUGAAUAAUAGUAUGUAUAUAUGGGUCAGGAGGAUUGAAAAUGAAUAUUCUGCAAUAUAAAAUGCAGGAAACAAUUGUGUACAAAAGUGAAAAUAAUUUUUGGCACGGCAAAGCAGCUGAAAAAUAAUAAGCAUGCAAAGCAACAAUAGAAAAUCUGGAAAAAAUCUUCCUGGACACUCCUAGAAUAUCAAAUGUUGUCCUCUUACGACAAAUGUACUAGAAAUAUAUGUAUUUAAAAUUUAGUGUGAGAAAUAUAUGUAAAAGUUAGUGUAAAAAUAGUGCAAUUAAAUUGUAUGUUGUGAUAUGUUAUUGAUUUUAUUUGUUUAUGUCAUAGUUGAAUAAAAUUGAAAAAUUUAUUAAA